UGUAUAUCGGGGAGAUAGGCUUAUACACUAAAGCAGAUCUCUUAUCAGUCUAUCAAGAUACAGAUCUCGCUCUAAAGCAGUUGUAUACAUGGCCUGUCAGCAACACCAAUCAAAGAGAAGAGCUGCAAUCACGUGAGAAAUAUAGAUUACAUUUGCUCAAGCAUCGAAACGCAUUACUAUUGUCAAAGUCUACUUUUACAGGUGAAAUUAUUUUUUAUUCAAACGAUAUUGAAAUAUUUAUAAGCUCGUUUUAUGCCACAUUAGGGGAAGAGGAGACUGGGUUUAUUUGGAAAUCGUUGGUAGCUUUUCAGGAAUUACUAAUGGGUCGUGAGUACAUUGACAGAGAACUGAGUUAUGGUAUUUACUUCUACUCAAAGGGGUCUUUUCGUGACAUUAGAAAUUAUGUACUUUUCAUAGAAAGUCAAGAUACUGCAAACACCUGUCUUGAAGCUGCAAGACAAUAUUCAGAUGUUAUUGAUAAAACAUAUGAAGACAGCUUAAAGAUGAUGAAUACCACGCAACUGGAGAUAGAUCGUAUGAGAUCUGAAGUCAGGUUAAACAAAUCCUCGAUACCAGAAGGUUCGGCUAAGUUGGUUCAAAUAUGGAUUUCAGAAAUGAACAUAUAUCGCCAAGUUAUUGAAAAUAUUCAACAGGCACUUACGGUCAAGAUAGACACCGUAUUACAAAAAAGAGCUUACAUUGUAUUUAACGGUCUGGUCACUUCUGUGGUUGUCUUUAUAGUUGUGGCAAUUUUUAGUCCAGUCCUCAUUUACUCUGCCUACUUGCUGACAUCAAGAAUUCAACAAUAUUCUUUUAAAAUAGCUGAAAAAACUCAAGCUUUGAACAGGAAUAAAAAGCAGAGUGACGCUUUAUUGUAUCAACUAUUACCACAACCAGUUGCCGAACAAUUGAAACGAAAUGACUUUGUUAGUGCAGAACAAUUUGUAGACUGUACCAUUCUCUUGAGUGACAUUGUUGGUUUUACAAGUCUAUCCUCCAGAAGUUCUCCGUAUCAGGUCGUGGAAAUGCUGAAUACUCUAUUUUCAUGUUUUGACUGUAGAUUGUCGAAUUAUGACGUGUACAAACUGGAAACAAUAGGAGAUGGAUAUAUGGUCGUUUCCGGUGUUCCAACAACAAAUGGUACAAGACAUGCCUCUGAAAUAGCAAGUUUAGCACUAGACAUUCUACAUCAUACCAAACAAUUGAAGUUGCCCCAGUUUCCUGGAAUGAAUUAUAAGAUCAGAAUUGGCUGUCAUUCAGGUCCAGUGGUGGCCGGAGUAGUAGGAUCUAAGAAUCCGAAAUAUUGUUUAUUUGGAUCGACAGUUCGUGUGGCUGAACUCAUGGAAUCAUCUAGUGAAAGUAAGACUUUAAAAUAUUUUCAAAGGAUAAUGAAAUCUAAUUUGAUUAUUUUAGCUAGCUUGUUUAUGUCAUCAUUUUCUACAUAA